AUGGCAGCGGCUGAUAUCUUCGACCGCCUCGACGCGAAUCGAGAUGGUGUGGUUACCCGCGAGGAGUGGCAGAGAGCCAUGGCCCCGCAGGCCACGCAGGCAUCAAGUGCCAACUGCCCGGCUUGUGGGAAUGUGUACUUGGACGACGCAGCGUUCUGCCGGAAGUGCGGCCGCAAGCGAGACGAGGCGGGCGCUGGGAAGAUGGCUUCGUCGGGCUCUGCGGGUGCCUUCGCCGUUGUCGGUGCGCAGGGUGGCCCGACGAUGAUGCCGACGCCCCAAGUCACCGCAAUGUCGCAGCCUGGCGUCAUGACCUAUCCGUCCAGUGUCCCGGGCAUGAAAGAUUUCGUCGUCGUGCGUCCCCCCGUCCCGAUGCAGGCUGUGCCCCUCGCGCCACCCGUCGCACCGCCCGUCUACAUGCAGGGGGGCGCUCCGAUUCGGCCGCCGGCCAUGGGUGUCGGCAUGCCCAUGGGGGCGCAGCCCCUGGGACCUAUGGGACAGCCCAUGAUGGCUGUGCCAGCCGGGCAGCCAGUGGGGUCAGUGGGGUCCGUGGCCAUGGGGCCUGCCAUGUCGUCUGCUAUGGGGCCUGCCAUGGGGCCUGCCAUGCGCCCUGCUAUGGGGCCUGCCAUGACGAUGGGGCCUCCUGCGAUGGGCGCGAUGGGGCCCCCCAUGAUGGGGCCACCCAUGAUGGGACAACCCAUGAUGGCACAACCCAUGAUGGGGCCGCCCAUGGGACCGACCAUGAUGCAGCCCAUGGGUCUGGCAGGCCAGCCCAUGGCCAUGCAGGCAGGCGCUGGCGGGGCCCGUGGUGUGUCUCCGGCAAGAGCGGCGGUGAGCCCCGCUCGGGGCGUGUCGCCCGGGCGCUCGGCGGUUCCGGUCUAUGCCUCCGGCGGCAUGAACCCAGGGCUGCAGGCCGGUACCGUCAUCAACGGGCUCCGGUCCGCCGCCGGCCGCGACGGCGGGAGUCCCAUGCGCUCCGCCGUGUACUCCACAGCCAGCGGCUACACGCCCAGAAUGCAGGACCUGCCAAGACACCAGGGGGAGCACCGGGUCAUCGGCGAGCGGCGCAUCACGCGCGAGGAGCUCGCUGAGACUGGGAACCUCGUGGAGGUCGAAGGCAGCGUGGUGCCCUCCAACGAGCGACCCUCGGCGCUGCUGACGCGGUCCGUGCCACAAGUGACCCGAGUGCCGGACCCUUUCCUCCCGGGCCGCGAGGUUCAGAUGGCGAAGGCCAGGUGA